AUGAUCUCCGCAAAUUAUUCAAACUUGGCAACUCCACUAAAAUCCGUCAAAUUCUUCCUGCUCAGCUUUUUUCGAAGAAGGCGGCUUUAUACGCGCAUUUUCGUCUUUAUCUGCGUUGUUUUCUUAAUUCAUCAAUUUAAUCAAUCUUACCGGCCACUCGCACCCUCUCGCGGCAUCAGAGACAAGAAAUAUGUGAAGAAAUCCUUGGAAAAUCACAUCAACGAUUUGAUAGAAGAAUCUCUGGUUGUUUCCAAAGCGAAAUUUUCGGAAGUUGUUGAAAGCUCGAAAGAGAUCUUUGAAACGAGAAAGAAAGAAGAAAAUAAAAUUAUAGAAGAAAUUAUUCAGUCAAUGCCGUUAUCUCAUAAAUCUUCAACAUCGCGAAAUUCCGUCACUGCAGCAAUGAAGGAAGUAAAGAUGAAACUUCCACUUCCAAAGCGGUCAAGAAGUGGGACGACCAUUUUGCCGAGAGCUACAGAUGCUCCCAGAACAACUGCUACUUCAAGAAAAACGACGAAUACUUUAACGACUUCCAAGUCUACCACAAAAUUUGAGCCACUUGAUUUGGACGAUCUUAUCGACAAUGAAUUCUAUCAUUCUCUGCCGGACGAUGUUGGGCUCUUCCUCAAAAAUCCAAAAGAAAACAUGGACGAGAAUCUUCUCAAAACGGAGCUGGAAAGAAUCAGCAGCUCAUCAAACGAGGAUGAAAUUCUUGAAGAAGUGAUGGCAGAAUAUUCAAAUGGAGACGAGAUUCCAAACGUGAUGCAUUACGUUUCUUUCGGAUGCAGGUCAUUCAAGCCUUACAAUUUUCUUUCGUGGAUAUCUACCCUACUGACUCAAAAACCGGAGAUCAUCAUUCUUCAUACAGAUUGCCCGCCAGAAGAUUCGCUCUGGACGAAGUUCGAAGAAAUAGCAGGUUCAAAGCUGAAGUUAGUACCAAGAUCGCCACCGGAAAAAGUCUGGGGAAAAACGCUAACUUCAGUGGAGCAUAAAUCCGACGUUGCUCGUUUACACAUUCUGUUAAAAUUUGGCGGCAUCUAUCUCGAUGAUGAUGUUUUGAUUCUCAAGUCUUUGGACGAUCUUAGAUCCGAAGAAGUUGUCCUCGGGGAAGAAAACUACGAUGCUUUAGCGAACUCAAUCAUUUUGGCAAAGAAGGACACGUGGUUCAUGAAGCGGUGGUUUUGGGAGUAUCGAUAUUACGAUCAAACGUGGUCAAGUCAAUCCUGCUUCGCUCCUUGGUCCAUUUGGCAUCUUUUUCCCCAGACUGUUCACAUAGUAAAAAAUACACUUCUUCGCCCAAACUGGGAAGAAAUCGCACUCAUUUACAAAAAGCGCUGGAACUGGCGACACAACUAUUCAAUUCAUCUUUUCGCCCGCUUCAUUCCUUAUUUGGACGAUCCCGACCGGCCGCUCGAUGAAAUCCGAAAACUGGACUCAACAUAUGGAGAAAUUGCAGAUUUUAUUCUUUCAAAGCUUGAACUAACUACCUCAUAUAAUAAAUUUCAAGACUAA